AUGUGGUCGUUCAAUAAGCCGUCGCCGUUUGACUUUGCGACGCUCGUGAGCAACUACACGCUCGAGGGCGUCGCGCGGCGCGUCCGGACGCCCACGUUUGUCGGGGGCGCGGAGGACGACGCGCAGUUCAGGGGCCACCUGCACGCCUUCAAGAGGGCCGACGACGCCAUCGGCACGCACUCGGGCGUCGCGGCGCUCAAGUAG